UAUCUUUAUAUAAUCUUUAUAAAAUAUAAAUGUUUAAUAAAAUAUAAAUGUUUAGUAAAUUUUUUUUUUAAUUUGUUUGAAAAUUGUAUUAAUACAAUUUCCUAUUCAGAGAGAGUAAAUUUUCCAAGUUAUAGAAUCAAUACAGUCUUAUUCCGAACGUCUUAAUUUUUACUUCUCCUUUGUGUGUGUAGAGUAAACAAAAUUUUUAUGAAUAACCACACCAAUUCUCUCAAUCGUCUUAAAAAUAUGGAGCGUACCGAGUUUUCCAUUCUGACCAGAUUCAAUCGAUUUAUGCGCAUGUCUGAAAAGAUGAUCGUUCGUAUCUAUUUCUGUCCUUUCCAGAAACACGGAGACGCGAAUCGAUGUCGCCCACGAUUCCGAUACUUUCCGCUCUGCUGCUUUCGUUGAUAUCAGGAUCAACGGAAGGCGGACAGAGGAUGGAUUCCGUUACGCUGUUUCGACAAACUCUUCGAUAUUGGCGGAAAAUAUACAAGACGUACCACGAGGAGGUAGCUCUGGGUUACUGUUGGGCGGACUAUUUGCUCGAGAUAAGCGACGAAUUGUCGACGAAUCUAUCUGCACCGUCGCUCGCCACGACAAGAGAUUGCAACACGACCGUCAAGGCGACGAAAAGCCAGCAAAAUCUAUUUUCGCAAAAUGCAAUGGAUACGAUGAUGCCGCUUAUUGUUAGAGAAACACGGAAAGGAAAACAUUUGCGAGAAAAACUUUCGCAUACAACGGCGAGAUCCGCUAUUUCGAGAUUCACCAACGAUUCUGACGAACAUCGAAUCGUUUCAAGAAUGAAAAUGAUUCAAGAGAAAUGGAUGAUGAAUAAAGUUUUACCAAUUAUACCAAAUAAUGAGAAAAGUAGCAAAAUUGAUGGAAUUAAGAGGAUUACAUCAAUGAUUGAUCUUCACAUACAGAAAAAACGACAAGCAUUCUCGAUCGUGCCGGAACUUUUCGACGACCAACGAGAGGUCCUGCGCGAUCAUGAAUUUUCAUCUUGUGUGAUGUGUUCGGACACUGUUAAUCCGACACCUAAUCCCAAGGAUGAUGACAAAAUCGGUUUUGAAUUGACGGAUCUCGAAGAGGAUACGCGUCGUAAAGUUUUAUAUCCGCAUCUGACUAAUCAUCACAAUUCUUUUAUUCCAGAUAAUUCUAGGACUGUGCUAGGAAAUUUAUUUUUACUCGCAGUCUCCCGAGAAAGAUCGCUCAGCAAUCAUCGAUUUCCCUUUCGACCUUAUUCGCAGUCACGAAAAAGAAAUUCGAAAGUCGACGAAUUGUUAUCCGAUCCCUGGACACCGGAGAAAGAUCGCGGAAUGAAGAGAGAUCCCAAAGGAGACCGCAUCCCUUUGAACAACUACGAAAACUCCUUGUCGUCGCGUUUGCAGUUACGGCGAAUAAACACGGUCGCAGUGCGUUGUACGGGUAUCGUAAAGUUGACGAAUUCCGUCGGAAAUUUAUCGUGCAACCCGGAGAGAGCAAUAAAUUCAGAGGUGUCCCACCGAAAGCCUGAGGAAUUAUCUCGCGAUUCACUUUUAUUGCCUCGCGGAAAAAGAGUCGGCGUCGCUGAGCGAUCGCCUCUUGAAUCUCGAGGAAGCGGAAAAGAAGCUGUUAAAAGGAAGGCUAUCUCGCGAUUUGGCGAAAUAGCUGGGGGAAGCGACAUGAAAGAACGGCGCUAUCAGCAGCCAAGAGUAGAAAAAAGAUCACGGAUUGAGAGGGAUGUUUCAGCGGCACCGGGAAGGAUACAUCCGUUCUUUUUGUCGGGACAAAAUCUCAAACAAUCGCACCAACAAAUGCUUUACGAAAAUCGCGUACUUCUCCCCAUCCUAACAGUUCCGGAGGAAUCGAGACAGGAUGACGACCGUAUCCGAGCCGUGAAAGCUGCGCCUUCAUUAUCUGGCGUCGGGCGAUUUAUAGAGAAUUACGAGAACACGAUAAGCGGAUCCGUUAAAGAUUCAAGAUUAACCGCUUUACAAGCUCGUCAAUUAUCUCUGCGUUCAGUUAUUAUCACUGUUUUUAGGACAUUAGGAAUAUUCGUUCAGGUGGGUCGACAGAUUAUGGAUGUCGUUGAAUCGAAUGCGAUCCUGGCAUGUACAAAAGAAUACUUAUGGACCAAAAUUAUUAAAUGGAUUGAUGAGUAAAAUGAACAAGUUUUGAGCUAUUUUUUUUUCAAAUUAUCGAAUUAUUGAAAGGAAUGUUGUGAUAUGUCAUUAUA